ACAUCACUAACGAAACCCUUAACGGACCUCCCUUUUUCAGUUAAUCAGAUGGUCGCCGUUAACUCUCCGGCCGUUAACCAUCACCAGACAUGUUUGAUCUCUUUUUGGUAACUCAUUUCCGUACUCAUAUUUGCUUACGCAAACGGAAAAAAGUAAACUUUAUUAAUAAUAUAAUGGUUUACCACGGGUUUCUUGAUUAGGGUUUUGUUUAUUAUCAAUUUUGAGGUUGUUGAUUGUUGCUUGUAAAGUUGGGGGGUGAUUAGAUUUAGUAACUGACUGAUUUAGCUGACUGUUUGGUAUGCCUGCAAGGUGUUUGAUGAAAUGACUCGAUAGAAAUAGUAUUGUUUUUUGAGUUUUUAUUGUGAUUUCGACAUUUCGUAUCGAUAAAGUGGCGAAGAUGAGUUUGGGAGCGGCGGAGGAUGAUUCAGGGACGGAGAUUCAUCUCCCGGCUGACAUUGAUUGGGAGAUGCUGGAUAAAUCGAAGUUUUUCUUUUUAGGGGCUGCGCUGUUCUCGGGUGUAUCAGGGAUGUUGUAUCCGAUGGUGGUGUUGAAAACGCGGAAGCAAGUGAUUACGAAAGAUGUGUCUUGUGUUAAACUGGCGGUUUCGAUAUUGAGGAGUGAAGGGUGUAGGGGGUUUUAUAGAGGGUUUGGGACUUCGUUGGUGGGUACGAUACCGGCUAGAUCACUUUACAUGGGGGCGUUGGAGAUGACGAAGAGUAAUGUGGGGUGUGUGACGGUGAAGAUGGGGUUUUCGGAGGCGAAAGCGGCUGCUAUCGCGAAUGCUGCGGCGGGGGUUAGUGCAGCGAUGGCGGCACAGUUGGUUUGGACGCCGAUUGAUGUUGUGAGCCAGAGGCUAAUGGUUCAAGGUGGAAACAGUGCAGUUAGAUACAAUGGCGGUGUUGACGCCUUUAGGAAGAUUAUCCGAACCGACGGGGUUCGUGGGUUGUACAGGGGAUUCGGGAUUUCAAUCCUGACGUAUGCACCGUGUAACGCUGUGUGGUGGACGGCUUACUCCAUGGGUCAUAGGGCGGUUUGGGGUGGGAUCGGUUGUUACUAUUUGAAGAAAGAGGGAGAUGGUGGCGGCGUUGGUGGUGGUGGGGUUGGAUUUACGCCAGAUUCAAAGGCGAUAGUGGCGGUGCAGGGGUUAAGUGCCGCCAUGGCUAGUGGGUUUUCAGCGGUGAUCACAAUGCCGUUGGAUACAAUCAAGACGAGACUACAAGUUUUAGACGGUGAAGGUAGUAACGGGAGGCUGAGUAUCGGGCAGACGGUUAAAAAUUUGGUGAAGGAAGGUGGAUUGAGUGCUUGUUACAGAGGAUUGGGCCCAAGAUGGGCUUCAAUGUCUCUGUCUGCAACUACAAUGAUCACCACCUAUGAAUUCCUCAAGAGGCUUUCAACCAAGAAUCAAGAUUGCCAUAUAUAACUUGAUGUCAAAUACCGAAAAGAUAAAAGUAAAACAUGAUUUAGAGGAGAAGGGUUCUUUUGGUAGCUUAGUGACAAGAUCAGUGUUGGGUAGUUGGUGAUACACAUGUAAAUGUUGUAGAUAUUGUAGGUAUUUAGGUGCAAGUUGUUAUAGUAUUAAAGUUCAUGUUUAUGGUCAA